ACCACUCAAUCCUCAUUGUCCAAUUCAAAGGAGUGAGCCACAUCCCAAUCCGGGGCUAUUUGUUGCGUUAGGACUUUGUAACAGACCCCACAGCACGCUGAUCUGAGCCACCUCCUGCUGCUGUCACCUGCAGCCGAGCAGAGGCUGCUUCCCAGGAGGAAAUGGGGCCGAUGGUGAUUAAUCCUCCAAACCUACCGAAACCCGAUUAGCCCCGCAGAAAGCACCGGGGCCGGAUCUGACGGCAUUGAGAAGCAUCGGCCCUGCAGGGUGAAUUGGGCAGCACGGCGCUUGUUGGCUGAGCUCCCAGGGCACCAGCAAAGGCUCUGGGCCGCCUCACUUCGCUUGCCUGGGAAAGGAGCAGUGUUUGUGUUCAGCAUCGGUCAGUUUCAGUGCUCACACGGGAUGUGAACGCUGCAUUGGAGUUUCUCCUUUAAAAUACCGCUGUCUCCUGCAUCGCUUCGCGCUGUGACAAACAGGAACCGCUGCCACGCUCGGCUACUUCUGCUGACCAAAAAGGGGCGAAGCUGCCUCUAACCCGGAUAUCCUCCGCGGCCCUUCAAACUUCAGCAGCCGGGGUUUGCCUUUAUUUCCAGCCGCUCUCGGCAGCCUCAGGAAGACGGAAAAAACCAGAAGACCCUUAAAAAACCCCCAAAGCAACUACAAUGUAUCACCCACCGGCCGCACGCUUAUCCCCGGAAUGCUGCGGGGCGGAGCGGGACAGCCCCGCACCUGCCGGGAAGGUCCGUCCCAGGGGCGGGCAGCGCCGCUCGCCCCGCUUCCCCCGGCUCCCCCCAUCCCCGCCCCCGGUGCGGCCCCACCUCGGGGCGGAGCCGGAGCAGCGGAGCAGCGGAGAGCUCGGAGCGCGGCGUUGGGCCUCGGGAGCCGCCGCGGGCUUCCACCAUCUUCUCAUCAAUCUGUGAUGGGCCCUUUCCAUCUCGGCCCAAGGAUGCUGGUAUAGCACCAGGCAGCCGCGAUCACGAGGACCUGUGGUAGGACACAAUUUCCAGCUGGGACAUCUUUUGACCCCCCUCUCCCAGCAGAAGCAAUGGAUGCCCACGUGGACCUCCUGACAGAGCUGCAGCUGCUGGACAAGGUGCCCACGCUGGAGAGGCUGCGGGCAGCCCAGAAGCGAAGGGCUCAGCAGCUGAAGAAAUGGGCACAGUAUGAGAAGGAGAUGCAGCACAAGAAGAGGAAGCAUGAAAAGAAGAGAAAUGCUGUUAACAGGAAGAAAGUGUCUUUUGAAGCCAGUGUUGCUCUGCUGGAGGCUUCUCUGAGGAACGACUUGGAUGAAGUGUGCUACCUGCUGAAGAGCAACAUCAGCCCCGACCUGUGCAACGAGGAUGGACUGACUGCACUGCACCAGUGCUGCAUAGACAACUAUGAAGAGAUUGUCAAGCUCCUUCUCAGCCAUGGGGCCAAUGUCAAUGCCAAGGACAACGAGCUGUGGACUCCCCUGCAUGCAGCAGCCACGUGUGGUCACAUCAACCUGGUGAAGAUCCUCAUCCAGCAUGGAGCAGACCUGCUGGCAGUGAAUGCGGAUGGCAACAUGCCCUAUGACCUCUGUGAGGAUGAGCCAACCCUGGAUGUCAUUGAGACAUGCAUGGCCUAUCAGGGAAUUACACAGGAAAAAAUCAAUGAAAUGCGGGCUGCCCCGGAGCAGGUGAUGAUUUGUGACAUUCAUGACAUACUUGCGACUGGCCAGGACCUGAACAGGACUGAUGCCCAAGGUGCCACGCUGCUGCACAUAGCCGCAGCCAAUGGUUAUCUGCAUGCAGCUGAAGUCCUUCUUGACCAGGGGGCAAGCCUGGAUGUGAAGGACUGGGACGGCUGGGAACCUCUUCAUGCUGCAGCUUUCUGGGGACAGAUGCAGAUGGCUGAGUUACUCGUGUCCCAUGGGGCGAGCCUGAGUGCCAGGACAUCUUUGGAUGAGAUGCCAAUAGAUCUGUGUGAGGAAGAGGAAUUCAAAGUAUUACUUCUGGAGCUGAAACACAAGCACGAUGUGAUAAUGAAGUCUCAGAUGAGACAUAAAUCCUCCCUGAGCCGAAGGACAUCCAGCACCGGCAGCCGGGGGAAGGUGGUGAGGAGGGCCAGCCUCUCCGACAGGACAAACCUCUACAGGAAGGAGUGCGAGAAAGAGGCCAUCGUGUGGCAGCAGCUGGGGGCAGCAGAAGAAGGAAGGAACUCAGGUCUCAUUGGAGAAAUUGGGGAGACUCGGUCUGACCAGGAGAACACAGACCCUAAUUCACUGCUGGAGAGCUCUUCCCUCUUUCCGGAGUUAGCAAACAAAAGCACCCAGUGUGACUCUGAAAUCCCCCUCCAGAAUGGACUCAUGGCCUCCGCCAGCACUUACCCAUACACCUUCUCCAAUGGGGAUGUGUGGAGCAUGCACGCCGACCCUGAUGGUAACCCAGGCCACGUGCUGCCUUACGGCAGCCCCGCACUCCCCGACACGCAGCAGUUCUGGGGUGCCUACAAGGAGCAGGGCCACCAGACACUCUCUGAACUGAAGCGGCAGCGGGCUGCAGCCAAGCUCCUCAACCACCCCUUCCUCAGCACUCACUUUAGCAGCAGUGUUGGGGGAGUCGCCGAGAACGGGGGCGAGGCCAAGUCGCACCUAAUCGCAUCCAGGACUUCUCCCUACAGCUCCAAUGGGACCUCGGUGUAUUACACAGUGUCCAGUGGGGAGCCGCCCCUCUUGAAAUUCAAAGCUCCCAUGGAGGAAAUGGAAGAGAAGGUGCAUGGGUGCUGCAGGAUUUCCUAGUUCCACCUGUGACUCGCCUCGGAAGAAACGAGAAGGGAGUGGGCUGGUAGGAUCUAUCACUGCAGCCAGGUUGUUUGCAUUCCAAGGGGAGAGUCUGGUUAUGGACGUCCUGACUGAGGCAGUCUCCUUCAUCUUGAACUGUACUUUACCCUGCUAGUUACUUCCAUUGAAGUCAAGUGAGUAAUGCAGGCGGAGCAAGGCUCUCAGGAGAGGAAGGGAUACGCAUCAAUAUGAUAUAUAAAACAAAUAAAGAUACCUACAUCUUUCUCCCUGGGGAAGAAGGUAUGGUGCACUGUCUCUCCCCAAUCUUGGGAAGUCAUGAGAGGGCUUGGAAAGAAGAAGUGAUCUGAAUUAAAAUCUUUGCAUCUGAGCCUCUUGCUGCAAGCCACCAAACUUCCUGAGGGUAACAGUUCAGACCUGAAUUCUCACUCCUGGUGAUGCACGCUUCCUGGAGGGGGGAGGUCAGCCUGAUGGGAGGUUUGCAAGAGGACAGAGCUGUUUUCCAUGCAUCUGGAUCCUGCAGCUCCAGGGGCUGAGCAACAAGCAAGUGUAGAUACUACGUGUAGAUACCGCACUUGCUGUAGGAAGUUUGCGAGGUGUUGUCUCCUUGCAGUGACAGCUCAACAUCAGGAACUGCGCCCUGUCUGGGUCCUGUUCUGCUCAUCGAAACUCACGCUGCAGACUGCAUCAGGUGUAAUGCAGAACUCUUCCUGGAGCAGGCCUCGCUCAGCAGGCUUUACAACUGACGUUGCAAUAAGGGGCCCUGGCAAUAGAAUUUUCCUGCAAUAAAAUACUGACAAAGGUCUAUAUUGGGAUAAGUAAUUUAAAACACUUAUUUGUACUAUUUAGACUUCAAUUUGUUUAAAACUGAAAAGGACUUUUGCUGAUCUCACUUUCCUAUUGAUUGUUUGUUUACUCUGUAUGCUCAGCACAGGUUCUUGGGGCGGUGUGCUUUGUGUUCUGACCUUUCGGGACAUCCAGAACCACGGGGCUCGGGAGGGGCGAAGUGGAAGGGCUUGUCUACACUAAUCCAGAAAAGCCUGAAAGCAUUUCUAAUCUCUGUAGGUGUUACCUUGUGUUAACCUGAAGUCUUAGGCUGAUGAGUAACUUAAAUCAUUGCUUUGGUAGUUGAACAUUGCAGCAGGAAAGGAGACUUCUUUGCUUUUAUUUCCAGCUUCUGUGCUGAAGUCAUCAGCAUCCAUCAGAACAAGGCUUGAGUGUCUGGGUCUCUGUAAGCCAGCAGAGGAUUGAAUCCUGCUUGCAGUGAUGCUGUUGUGCUUCAGCCAAGCAGCAGAAAAUGCAGCUUCUAUCCAUCCGCCUUUUAGCUGCAGCUGGUAGACGUCAGUGUAACAUUCCUCCCCUUCUCAGCUUUAGGAACAAACUGGGAAAUCGCAGCGGUUGAUCUGAUUUUAUUUUACUUUAUUUUAUUUUGAAACUUUCAUUCAGUUAAAGGCAAAGUGGUUCUUUGUAUGUUUCAAACAGAGAAGUUGGGCUUUCUCUUAACAUAGCACUGGGCAGCUUGCACUGCUGAGCUCCUCCAUGACUGGAACACAACAGUACAAGACCAGAAAAUACUUCUUGUGUUUAACUUCAAGGGAAAUUAAAAGCCACUCUCUGGUAGAAAGAGGGUAAUUUGGCAACUAAACAGACUAUACAGCAUCCAAGUGUUGUUAACAGUGAGUCUUCUGAUCACCUAGAGAAAAUCCAUCUGAAAUGAUACCAAGUGUAGCUGCGUGUCACUGUGUGGGGGAAGAUGUUCUUCCAGGUGCCUCUGCUCUCGCUUGGUGCUGGGGGUCCUCCUCACAUCCAUCCCCCUGAGAACUCUGGGCUCAGUGUACAGAUCUUUGGUGCUGCUACUCACUAGGUGCAAAAUACAUGGUGCAAAUUCAGCCCAGCCGAUGCCUUCCUUCACUGUUGGACCAUUCUCCUUCUCAGAGCAGUUUUGUACCAUCAAGUGUAUCGAAUCCUCUGUAACUCCAUAUAAGUGAAAAGGAGGCCCUUGAAUGCAACAGUGCAAAGUAGUUUGAGGUUUGCUUUCACUGAGAGCUGCUGAUAGAUUAAAGCUGUAGGAAGCCAGUCCAUUUUAGGCCAAUAGAUUUUAGUUAAUUGCUGUCUCGUUCUGCUUAUAUGUGAAGCCCCAGGAAUUCUUAAUUCUAGCUGUGAUCUUGAGCAAAGCAGCAAUUGAUUUACUGUCAGGGGAAAGAUGCUACAGGUUCUAGGUUAUUCAUCAUUCCCUUAAUUGGUCUUUGUGUUGUAACUGUAAAAUUGGCCAUAAUAAACUCUUCCAGCAUUACCACUUCAAGGUAACGUGCUCACUGAAGUCUGGCUGGAUGGAAUCAAUUCUCAUUUAGAUGGCACAGUCAGUAAUCGAUACGUGCUCCAGGAUUUGUUUCUUAGCCACGUCUUUAUCUCCUUCUGGCUUUGGGCUGAAGUUGCAUCAGGGUAGGACUUGGGAGGACUGUGGAACAGUGACCUGAGGUAGAUAUGCACCUUUGUGUCGGUGACAUUCUGGAUGUAAUGGUCAGUGCCCGCAGAGCACUUGCAAAUAAGCUCAGGGAAGGCUGACAGUUGUGCCUGCAGAGCUGCUGGUUGUAGGUCUGGGAUGAGUGAUUCUGUAUUAACGGGUACUCAGCCUGCUUCUGGCAGCGUGUUUUGUAGAGGCCGACUUUGGGGGGGGAUUCAUGAACACAUAGAAGUUCUUAGGUGUGCAUUGUAGGAGCUUACCCCGAGGAGCAGGGCUCUUAAUUGUGAAACUUAGCAGUGUUGUAACAGUAGUGCUUUCUAUAUCUGUGUGUUUGAGUAAAGGCUAUCAUAGUGGAAAGGUCCAAAGCACAUUGCAGAAGCACCUUGGCUAAUUCACUAGAUCUUUGUUCUGCUAAAAAGCCAUGGAAACUAUGAAUUGUGUUGAUUGGCAUAUCAAGCACUUGGCUUAUUAGAGGAAGAUUUAGGCUUUUACACUACAAUCAGUGACUCUGGGUUCAAUAAUGCUCUACAUACAGAUUCGAGGUCAGAUCAGAGUCACGCUUCAACAGCAUUAGCCUAAGGUUGUAGUGGUUCAUGAAGGCCACACAGAGAUCUGAGCAGUGCAGUGCUAGCCUGCUGUAGGCAGAGCUGCACAUAGGAAUGACCUCCCUGCUUACAGAGUCUUCCUUGCUUUCUGCAUCAAAAGACUUGCCUUAGCUGCAAAAAAUAAAGCGUCUCUCAAAAUAGCAUCCCUGCUUUACUGAGCUCAGCUGAGGAAGUCCCAGCAAUGAAAUGUCAAGAAAAGGGCUUAAGCACCACUGCUGGGAUCUGUGUGACUUCAGACCUGGAUCUGUGCUUGGUGUACCCUUUGAUGUGAUUUUAGCUCAGUGUCACUUCUGUGGUGCUCUGGAAUCCUACAACCUUCUGUUCUGCCAAGAAGGGACUCCAGCUGGUGUGGUGCUGUAGCAGGUGUGGUUGGGCACCCAGAGGCUGAGCAUCUCCUGGUAGGGAAGGAGCAGUGUGUGGCGGGGCAGCAGCAAUAAGGAAUCAGUGCAAUCUGUGACGGAGGCAGUGAAUUCUCUGGUGUACUGAGAAAGGUCUUAUUUCACAGGGUUGCAGAUGAAAGCACUUAUGAUCUCCCAGCUGGCUUUACAACAUCCAUUCAGUGUGCUUUUAGUUUAAUCUUGCACCU